CAUUUAAAGUCAAAAUCUUUAAGUCGUAACAAUUCCGUUGUAGUUUUUGUCUAUUUAGUAAGUUGAUAUUUUUGUAGUACAAAAUUAAAAACACACGAAAACCCAAGUACGCCCGAAAUUAUUGUGUCUUCAGCGCGGAACAUCGCGUGAGGUUCGACCAAGGCUCCCAACAGCCCCAAGGAAAUAUCCAAAUUGGUGGGUGGGAAGAUCGAACCCCAGAAGAAGGGGAUUUUAGCCCGAAAAAGUAGCCAAAAUUAGUGUCUGUUCCAAUUCGAAUUCUGGAUCUGUCAAUGGGUUGUUGUGCAGAUGUUUACCAAAUUGUUAAUUGAUCAGAUGGAAAGAAAGGUCCAGCAGCAGCAACAGCAGCAGCAGCAGCAGCAGCAGCGACAGCUGCAGCAGGCCAGGUCCCAGUUCCCCACGUGGAGCAACGCAGCCAACAGCAUCAAGGAGCCAGCAUCCAUCACGCCGGCGGCGGUGGCGGUGGCGGCGGCGGCGGCGGCAUCCGGAAAGCCAUUUCCCUCGCCAAAGAUUUCCACAGCCACGACAACGUCGGGAGCAAAGAAUAAGCAAAAAAAGAAAUUCGUGCGAGCCAGCCCCAAAGAGGAGACCAAACUGAUUGGCGAAUCGGAUGAUCUGCCCGAUGCCAAUACGGGUCGUAUGAUGAAUCGCUACUAUGGCGGCAAGAACCCAUCGACCGCUGGGCCCGACAUCAUACUGAGCAACCCCAUCAAGACGCACGAUAUGGCGGACAAGAUGUCGAAGAUUGCGCGACGGAAUGCGCUCAAGGAGCUGGCCGCCCUGCAGGCGCAGCAGACGCAGUCGUCGGACAAGAACGAGGACGCGUUGCGGGAGCUGCAGGAGAGCAUUCCGGAGAUCAACAAAAUCUUCGAUGUGCACUGUCGCAUCGGCAGCGGCACCUUCAGCAGCGUCCUGCUGGGCACCCUGCAGCGGGAGCGCUGCCUCAACGAGACGAGUCGUCGCCGGUUCGCCAUCAAGCACCACAAUCCCACCAAUCAUCCGGAGCGCAUAUUGCGCGAGCUGGAGUGCAUGUUCCGCAUCGGCGGUGUGGACAACUGCAUCGGGAUCAACUGUGUCGUCCGCUACAACGACAAUGUGGCCUUUGUGAUGCCGUACAUGAGCCACGACCGCUAUCACGACAUCUACCGCACCAUGGGCGUGCAGGAGGUGCGCAACUACAUGCGGAACCUGUUGAUUGCCCUGCGGCAUGUGCACAAGUUCAGCGUGAUCCAUCGGGACGUGAAGCCGAGCAACAUCCUCUACAAUCGUCGCACGGGCAAGUUUCUGCUCUGCGACUUUGGACUGGCCCAGAAGAUCGGCGCCGAUGGGAGCAUUGUGCAGGCCAGCGAGCUGAGCAACGCCGCCUCGAUGGCGCUCAUGCGGGACAUGGAGGCGGCGCGCCAUCUCAUGAUGCAGGACGGCAACAGUGCCCAGGACGAGGUGCAGGAGUAUCUCAGCUGCCAGCACGAGCAGGAGCAAUCGCUGCGACGCGCUCGAGCCAUGGGCGGUGGCGUCGUGGCCAAUCCCUUUGAGGCUCAGGUGGUGGCCCCCGUGGCGCCCGUGGCCAAGAAGGAUGUGGCCGCCCAGCGCGUGGACACACAGCGGCUGAUCAAUCGUUUGCGCUUCGUCAAUCCGAAUGCGGAUCUCAACAACUAUGUCUCGCCGACGAAUGCCACCAAGAAGGAGGUGCAUGCCUCACGGGCGGGCACGCCCGGCUACCGGCCGCCCGAGGUGCUGCUGCGCUGCCCCAUACAGACGACUGCGGUGGACAUCUGGGCGGCGGGUGUCAUCAUGCUGACCACCCUCUCCUCGCUGCAUCCCUUCUUCAAGGCGCCCAACGACUGUGCCGCCCUCUCGGAGAUCAUCAACGUCUUCGGGGACAUACAGGUGCGCAAGACGGCCUUCAUGAUGGAUCGCCUGGUGAUGCUCACCCAGAAGAUGACCGCCCUGGAUCUGCGGCGUCUGUGCAUGCGCUUCCGCCUGGCCGAUCACUUCCUAUCGCCGGAGGUGCAUCGGCGCCAUCGCAAGGCCGAUGGCACCGUGGAGGUGUGCAAGUGCUGCGAGCAGGCGACCUACAACUGCAUCUGCCGCCACACCAGCCACAAGAUCGAGUCGUACGAUGGUCUGGACAUCUUUCCGGCGCAUGCCUACGAUCUGCUCUCCCGCCUGCUCGAGGUGAACCCCCAGAAGCGCAUCAGCGCCGACGAGGCCCUCAAGCAUCCCUUCUUCAGUGACCAGCAUCGCAUCGUCUCGGGCAUGUCGCUGCAACAGCAGCAUCAGCAUCGUCUCAUGCAACAGCAGCAGCAGCAGCAGCAACAGCAGCAGCAGCCGCCAGCAUUUCGUGUGAGGGAAACUCUGCCCGUGGCCGCUGCGCGCACCCUCAAGCCGUACGUCUGUCAAACGCUGGGCGGCGGUGGCAUCCAAAGCAAAGCGGGACCAACCGCCCCUGAUGCUCCUGCGUAA